AAGUUUUUGUGAUAACGACAUAGACAUGUCCGUCUAGCCCAUAUGAACUUUUAUUUUAGAAGAUCGCAUGGCCUUGACUACUUGAUCUUUAAGCCCCGGCCCAUAAUAAACAUAUUAUCUAAUGGGCUUUAGAAACCUUAUCCCCUUUCCCGGGUUGUUACCGGGGUUUCAGUUGAGAAGCCCAACGUGAAUCUCCAAAUUUAGCUAAAAAGAAGUGGCAGUUUUGGCUCUCUUUUCUCCUACUGAACCCAAGAGACACACACAGUUACAAAAAGUUAAUGGCAGCGGUAGGAUUGUCAUCCUUAUCCUGCCCUUACAAGCUUGAUUGCGGUUAUGAGCAAUUGAAUUCAGUUCAUAAGCUUUGGAUCUUCUCCAUCGACAGCCAAUUAGGACAUGCUUUGGACCUCCACCAAAGAAGAAAAGGAAGAAGUCAAAAACUGGUUAUAUAUGAUGAAGAUGAUGGUGAUGAAGAAGAAGAAGAACUUGAACCAGAUGCAGGCAUAAUACUGGAGGUAGUGACCAACAGAAUGAUGAACAGGAUGGGGUUCAAAGUAGGGGUCCCACUGUUUAUAGGACUCUUGUUCUUCCCAUUCUUCGACUAUCUCAAAGUUGUUUUGAAAUUUGAUGUGCCUACAUGGGUGCCCUUCAUUGUUUCAUUCAUCUUCUUUGGGACUGCUCUCUUGGGAGUCAGUAAUGGUAUUGUAUCCUCCAGUUGGGAACCAAUGAGGGAAGGCUCGCUCUUGGGAUGGAAUGAGGCUCAGAAGAACUGGCCUGUCUUUUGGCAAUCUCUCCGCGGUGGAUCACAAAAGAAGUAGAACUUACUCCUUCCAUUUUCUCUUCAACUGAAUCAUAUAUUCUUCUUCUCUUUAGUUUUUUCUCCUUUCUUUUGUAUAUUUGAAAAAGUAGAGUUUGAUGCUACAUGCCCAAUAACAAGCAAGUCACUGGCAAUAUAAUAGUUAGUUCUAU